UGCAAAUCUGCUGAGCGUGGGUGAAGAUGGCAUUACAGUUUGAAGCAUCCUGUCCUCAGGGACUGUGUCCUGGAUGGAGUUUGAUUCUAAAGGGAGAGACAAGUUCCACAGCAGACGCCUUUGAAAUCAACUUCCUCAGUGAUUCCGGAGAUCAGAUCGCUUUCCAUUUUAAUCCUCGUUUUUCUGAGGGCAGCAUUAUCUGCAACUCCUUCUUGUCAAGCCAGUGGGGGAAAGAGGAACGCACCGAUACUUUCCCCAUGGAAGCAAAUGAUCCUUUCCAGAUUGAAAUUUAUUCAGACAGAGAGAAUUUCCAGGUUUUCGUAGACGACAAUAAGAUCAUCCUGUAUCGGCACCGCACAAAGCAUCUUGCUGCCAUAACCAAAGUGCAGAUUCUCAAUGACAUCAAUAUCUCUUCAGUGGAGAUCUCACGAAGGGAGAUGUACGAGUAGCUGGUGACCCGGAGGAAACACUUCCCACCUCUAACUUCGUAUUAGGAUGGCUCCAUACGUUCUUCAUGGUCUCCUUCUCCAGAAUGGAGAGAACGAUGAGGAUGAGGAUGAUGAAAUUAUUUCUUAGGCUUCCUGCUUGGAUUUAUGGUAUAGAUAUAAAACAACCAUUUUAUGUUAGGGAUAUAGAGUCACCGUCUAAAGUAGACCAUGUGUACAAGUGAUGUAUAGGGGUACAUUCCAUACAA